AUGGAACGAUUUUUUUCCAUAAGAAAGGAAAUCCCUGCAUUUCUUAAUAAAUACGUUUCAUCCGAUACAACUGAACUGGAAGAUAAGUUUCAGGAUCCAGAAUUCUUAAGACAAUCAGCUUUUAUAACAGAUCUGACUAAUCACCUUAACAGUAUAAACUUGAGUCUUCAAGGAAGAAACCAGACGGUUUCAGAUUUGGUCGGAAUAAUAAACGGAUUCUGGAAUAAGCUAAACGUGUUUAAACAUGCUUUGGAAAAGAACAACCUAACACACUUCCCUAGCUACCUGAAACUAGCAGAAGAACUCAACAGUGAGAAAAAUAUUGACUUUUCAUGCUGCAGUUCACAAAUUCAACAAGUUAUUAAUGAAUUCAAUACACGAUUUAAAGAUAUUGAAAGUCUCAAAAGCAGUGUACUACUUUAUAAUAAUCCUCUUGGAGUAUCCAUUGAAGAUCAACCACCUGACUUACAACUUUAG